AUCACCAUAGAUAAGUGUUUGCAAGAGAAAGUGAAAAUAUACUGUAAUUCACAACAAAAAUGGCGGCACUGUCACAAACCUUGAACAUUUAUCCCUCCACAACGAUACUUCAAUUUUCCUUUCCUAAUUCAAAGCUGAAUCAACCACGCUUCUCAUCCUUCUCAAUUCGAAGCUCUCGCUUCCAACCUAUUAUCUGCAGUUCCUCCAAUGUUAAACCAAAAAAGCAUUCUUCUUCCUCAUCCACCAAAAACAAAAACCAAAACCUAACCAACAACGAUAAGAAGAAGAAGAAGAAUAACAACAAGAACAAUGUUGAAAUUGCAGAAUCCGAUUUCACUUCCACUUCUACUUCCAAUUCUUCUCUGCUUCCUCAAGUUCCUACGCCACUCCCUAAACCUCCGGUUGGUUUCGUUGUAGAUGACACCGGCAAGCUGCUUUCGGCUUCCAGUGACCAACUUACAACACUUGUUGAUCCUGCAAACAACCUUCCUUUGGAGUGUGUGAUAAGAAGAUUGUUCACGAGUUCUCGAGGAGAUGAAUGUAUGUUGCUAUCCCCAGUUGACAUGCCUGUUCAAAUAUUGCAGAAUACGGGUGAUGGAUGGGUAGAAGUCAGCUACGAAGAGUUUGAAUCUCUUCUGCCUGCUGCUGCUUUUGCAUUUGCAAAAUUACGCAUGCAUCUGGUUUAUAGUGGAUACUGCUAUACUGCUCGUGGUGGUUUUUAUUACACAGAAGAAGACAUAUUUGACUUCCAUGCAGAUGGUAAAGACGACGGCUUGGGAACUGAGGGCAUAGAAAUCACACGCUUCAACCAUGAUGGAUCACACUACAUGAUACACACACCAUCUGAUCCACUUCUUUUUGUUGCCGCGAAGGAUAAAAAUGGAAUGCUACAAAUUGCUGACGAUGAACUGCUUGAGGAUCCUGCUGUUAUUAGUGCCAUAGAUGAAGAGACUGAAUUCAAUGCCCUGGUGGAGGAAGAACACGCACUCCUUAACGCACUGUUGGCCGCUGAGUAAAAUAUAACCAUAUAUACUCACAUUGGAUUAAAGCUAUCUUACUGUUUCCCUUUUAGUUUUUCAUCUGGAUUGCCGCGACCUCGUUUGACUGCUGAAUUUUGUGGGUAGAAUAGCUUCUUUUAUGUACAUGAUCAACUUUGUAUUUAUGCAGCAGUAUGCAUAUUUUAGUAAGAAUUGAGGGCUGAAACAAUUUUGUUUGUUGUGCAUGUGGAUGCAUGCGUGCAUAUGGGUGGGUAGAUAUAGUAUACUCCCUCUAGGAGUAAGUUUUCAACUGUACUGUUAUUACUGUUAAAUCCAACUUUUUUAUAGUAUCAUAUCAUAAUCAUAAUAUCAUAAU